AUGUUUCCAGCCCAGCAAGCAUUCCCUGACCAGCUGUCUUCCAAUAUGGACUAUCACGCUUUAUUACAUACCCAGAUUUACGAUUACUUCCUCUCAGCGGGGAUGUAUAGCUGUGGGCAGGCACUUCUUAACUCCGAUUAUAACCUGCGGCACCAGGUCAUGCAUGCUGCGGCUCAGCGAUGCACUACCGAACCGCGUAUUGCCACACCCUCCCUACUAGACUCGGGUUUUGGGAGCUCAUACUCGUCACCAUGCGAGGAACCAUAUCCCACGGAGCAGGAGCAUCUAUCAAGAGCACAAACUGAGCCUGCGCUUCUGUAUCAGUGGUUCUGUACUUUUUGGGAUACCCUGAAUUCCGCUCAAGCCCAAGCUACUGGUGUUCUGGUGCAAGACUGCUUGAGCUAUCCAUCAGAACUACCUACACAUCCUCUCGAGUCUGAGCCCACGAUAUGCCAAGACCUCUUUAGUCUCCAGUCGCUGGGCACCAAAUACCCCACAGAGCGAUACCGCGUCGAUAUCGUCGAGAAAGAGAAAGCCAAAUAA